AGCUUGUGGUGUUGUUGUCAAAGGGUGAAGACAUGGCUGACCGUUUCUCCUUCUUAAAGUGCUUCUGCUCGGCCGGGUGACCGUGUAUGAGGAGGAUGGGGGUAAAUGCUUCUUGUCAGGCCGAAGUUGGUGUAGGAACACAAGCCAUCUUUAGCGCGUGGCGGCCGCAGUUUAUGGAGACAAGGUGUCGGUUAGGGGCUGCUGUGUUCCCCUCUCCGGAGAAGAAGAAGCGAUUGACCACCCUGGCCACCCUGCGGAAGCGUCUGAUUCGUCGCCGGCGGUCGUCGAAGUCAUGUGACCACGCACGUGUGAUUCGCGAGCUCGUUUCUGAUUGGAUGAUCCGAGAAGUGGCCGCGCUUUAUGAGGAGUACGAGGCAAGCGCUGCCCUCAAGGACCUCACUGUGCAGGCUGACCUAGCGCGACCCCCUGCCCCGACCUACAAGCAGGACCUCAGUGACCUGUUUGACUACAAGUACAGUACAGAUGUUGACCUGGUGUUCCAAGGAGCCAUCUUUCCUGUGCAUCGAGCUAUUCUCAGUGUGCGGUGCCCCUAUUUCCAGGAGGUGCUGAAGAAGAUCCCUGGGUAUGGCGCGCAGAUCGGCGUGGACAUCCGCACCCCAGGAAUCGACGUGCCCAUGUUCAGCGCCCUCUUGCGGUACCUCUACACGGGGGAAUUUAACGCUUACGAUGGCACCAGUAGAGCACAACUUGGCCUCAGCAACCUUGACCUCCUCAUGCAGCUGUGCGAGGAGUUUGGGACGCCGAACCCCCUGGAGUGCGACCUCAGAUACCUUUUGGAGUCUGGGGACCACGCCGACUGUGUCCUCGUUUUUUCGCCUGGCGGGGAGGGCGGUCCGAGCGAGGGGAGCGAGGCAGGUCCUUCUGAUUACGGAUUCCACAACCGACUGGAGCUUUACUGCCACAAGGCCAUACUGAGCGCCAGGUCGCCAUUUUUCCGCAGCCUCAUACAGCGGCGGCAGCGUCUUGGGGAGGAGGGCGGCGAGCGAGGACCCCCAUUGCCCACGCGCGUCGUUCUAGACCAGGGCGUCAUCCCGAAACGGUAUGCCAGGGUUCUGCUCCACGCGGUCUACCUCGACACCCUUGACUUGACCUGCAUCGUGAGGGACGCCGCCAGCACCAACAGUCUGAGUGAGGCGCAGAGCAUCGUGCAGACUGGGCGGUCACGUCUCACCAUGGUGGAGGAGGCGAUGGAGAUAUAUCAGAUUGGGAGGUUUCUGGAGCUUGAUAUACUGACGCAGGGAUGCGAGGACCUCAUAGUGGAGUCCCUGUGUCUGGAGAACCUGGUGUCUAUCCUGCGGUGGUCUGGCGAGGCUCAUGGGUCAGCCUGGGUCCACCGACAAGCCCUUCAUUUCCUUAGGGAGGAAUUUGCUCAGGUGGCCCAAUCAGGGGUACUACUGGAGCUAGACAAGACCACACUACUGGAGGGCCUCACAUCAGACUUCCUACAGGCUGCGGAGUUGGAUGUUCUGCAAGCCACGCUGAGAUGGGGAGAACACCAGCUGUUGAGACGCAUGGAGGACAGGGAGCCGAACCUAGUGUCCCAAACGGCCCAUUCCGUGACGAGGAAGGGCCUGAGGAAAAGAGACAUGAACGACGUGGAACUGCGCGAAAUCUUGUCCGAAUUGCUGCCCCAUGUUAGAAUGGACCACGUUCUGCCACCCAACCAUGAUAUCCUUACCCAGGUGCCAUCAAGAGGGGGGCUAGUGUCCACCCCCCCCAGCCACAUGAUUGGGGACGACACCACUAACUACCCCGGGUCAACGCUUGGAUCAGGAGCAAAAAAUAACGGCCUGUUUGUAAAGCCUAGGCUGUUUACACCCUAUGCCGAGGAAAUUAAGAGUGUGGUUGACGAGCAGACAGCGGGCGGAGUAGACGUGAUUCGGCUACAAUGUUUCGUCUCCCACAUCCCGGACGCCCUGUACAUGGUGGAAGACAAUGCUCCCCACCAGCCCCCCCACGUACACCCACCCCCGCCCCCCCCACCACCCGUCGACGUGGUGGCUGCUGCGAUACCUGUGGUGGCCAUGGUGCGGAGGGAGAGAGAGCUGGUGUCGUCCCCUGGGUACCAACGAGCGGCCUCUCUUCUGUUUGGCGACCGAAGGAUGUUAAGAAGACAAGUUCGACUUAGGGUUGUAAGAGAAUUCAAUCUUCCCGACUCUGUGGCUGACAUGUUGGAGGGGGCGUCGUACACGGAGGAGGAGGACGAGGAGGAGAUGCAGCAGAGGUGUUCGGUAAGGGAUGAGGGGCGGUCCAAACUUCAGCCUCCCGAGUUCCUGCUUGACCCCCUCCUGGAGCCCCCCCCACACCACUACAGGAUGAUGCAGGGUGACGAGGGCCACUUGAGUGAGGUGAUGCCUGACGUGGCCCUGGCGUCAUCCUCCCUGUCGGCCCUACACCUGGAGGAGCAGCGCCUAGGAAGCCUGGAGGGUCUGGAGGGCACUCAGAUGACCCUUGACCUCGGCGACGGCUCCCACCACCAGGUUGGGUCACACCUGACGCUGGGCGGGUCACACGGGCGCAGGUCGAGCCGGCGGCGACGGCUGCCCCCCCACCUGACCCCGCCCCCUGCCAUGUCAGGCCACCACACCUAUGGGGGGGGUGGGGGGCCGCACUCGCCGCACACGCCCCCCCUGCGGCCGCACACCACGACGGGGGGCAGCGCUCCCCGCCACCACCCUUCCCCCACCCCCCCUUUAUUUCUUUGACAAAGGGAAUACUUCUCUCUCCACCUGCACCACCACCGCCACCACCACCACCACCGCCACCACCACCACCACCACCACCACGCCAGCCGGGGGUCACCAUCACAACAUCGACCAAGGACUCCGAUGUUUUAGCCAGCCAGUCAGCCAGUCAGUCAGCCAGUCAGCCAGUCAGUCAGUCAGUCAGUCAGUCAGCCAGUCAGUCAGUCAGUCAGCCGGUCAGUGCUGUGGCUAAAAUAUUCAGUGUCCGUGUGUUUUUGUGUGUGCGUGUGUACAUGUGGGCCGAAACGCACAUGGGGACUUUGCACAUACACGCAUACAUACCUGUGUGUGUGUGUGUGUGUGCGUGUGCGUUCUUGAGCCCUCCAAUUGCAAAGGAAACGUAAAAGAAACGAGAAAAAAAACAAGAAAAUUGGUAACACCUUUUAUUUCCGCGUGUGUUCGUGUGUGCGUGCGUGCGUCUGUGUGUGCGCGCGUGUGUGUUUAUUUCAAUACGGCGCGUUAAACAUUCAUGAAUUUUUUACGUACAUUACUUGUGAGAACGGUGUUUGUCGAGUGUUUGGCCGCGUUUGGCUGCGUUUCGACUCCCCUCCCUGUGCCCUGCCCCCCCCGCCCCCCCACAGUGCAGCGCGUUUGUCCGGCAGCACAAGUGGAAACAAACGGACAGAAGGACAAGACUGUGUUUGCGUUUUUUUUCCGCGAGAUUUAUACAUAUUUGUGUAUAGUGUACUUUUAUUUAUUUUUUUGUCGUUUUUCGUGAGUGUUCUUCCGAAUGUCGUGUUUGUUCAUUUGUUUGUGUGCUUGGGUGUGCUCGGAGUGUGGUUUUUUUAUUUGCUGUGUUUAUUUGUGUUGUGUGAUUGAUGGAGAGAGAGAGAGAGAGAGAGAGAGAGAGAGAGAGAGAGAGAGAGAGAGAGAGAGAGAGAGAGAGAGAGAAA